GUCGAGGUCCUUUUACAUUCACAUCAGUCCCGUUGAAUGAGCACCACGGACGCUCCGACAUGUCUGGCAUUUUCGCCCGAUGGCCAGAAAAUCGCGAGCGGUACUGCUUGUUCGGGGGUGACCAUUACCGACAUAUCGUCGAAGAGCAAGUACCAGCUAGAAAUGCUUGCAGAUGCCCAUACGCAUAUAACUGCUGUGGCAUGGUCUCCUGACGGACAAAAAAUUAUGAGCGCAUCACCAGAUCAUACAAUACGUUGCUGGUAUGCUACUUCAACACACCUUGUAGGACCACCAUUUGGAGGGCACGAUGACUUGAUCCUUGCUGUGGGGUUUCUUCCUGACUCAUCUCACGCAGUAAGCUUGUCAAGGGAUGGAGAGUUGCUUGUAUGGGACACAGGGAGCGGGGCAAUCACUCAACGAGUAACUGUGUCAAAUGCUGCUCAAACUAUUUUCGUGGCGGCUCUAUCUGUCGAUAGUACUCUCCUUGUCACUAGUGAUACAAAGGGAGGUGUUGCGUGGGAGAUACCAAAGUGUGCCCGAAUAGCGGAGAUCGCACUUCCAGAUAUACCAUUACUUCAAGCCGCUAUUAUACCGAAUAAUCGUCCUCGAGUAGUACUUGCAUUUGGCGACAAGUCUUUCUGGACAUGGGAUGUGAAUACAGGGAAGCAUGACGAUGCGCGCUUCGAAGGCCUUGAUGGAGAUGAUAUCCCCUUUGCCAUGGCAGCUUCUCCAAAUGGCAAGCUUUUGGCGCUGGAAAUUGAUGGCGACGUCGAUCACCCCACACAUUUCUAUGACAUAGAGGGUCACGAAUUCACUACCUCCGAUAUGAAAUGUACCCAUCCAUUUGCAUUCUCGCCGGACGGCAAAUUUUUUGCAGCUUCGAGCGUGCCCUCGGAUUCGAAAGACGGCUCUUCUGAUCUAAUCAUACAUUCAGUGGAAGAGGCAAGCAAACUUAAUGCACCACGCAUUCAAUCCUGACUACUAACGAAGUGAACUAGAUUGUUGGUGGCAGCCCCCUUGAUGUGAGAUUUAGGUUUAUGGUAGAACACUAAACUCACGGUAUGCAACAGUUCCCUGCAACAAUCAGCGCAAAGGCCAAAGGAAAACAACGUUCGUUGGGACACAACCC